CCGCGCAUGGCUUUGUGGAGGAUGACGUCACACUGCUUGUUUCCCAUCAGCCUGCACGAGUCGCGGUGCGCUAGUGUGGGCUGAUUUCAGUUUACACGAAUUUUAGCUCGUCCUCUUCAUACCCUGUAGUGUCUCCUCUUCAGUAGUGUAUAUAUUAUAGAAGUGUUUAGCAGUCUAAUUGUUUCAUAGUGUACAUAUUUGUGUUUUCAUGCGGAUUUUUAACGGAGACUAUCCGGUCAGCUGUUCCACACGGAGCGGCCUCCUUGCAUAUUGAAAAUGGAAGCCAUCUUGGGUUAGGUUGUCAACUGCAUAGAUGGAGAUUUUAACGAAUUUAUUAAUGUAACUUGCGCACGGUUUUACGUUCCGACUUGCAGUAGAGUUUCGCGAUACUAUUUUUUAACCGUCAUCAAGAUGUCGGCAGAACAACGUGAACGUGAAAUAGCUGCUGAAGACAGCAUUAAAGUGGUGUGUCGAUUUAGGCCUUUAAAUGACUCUGAAGAAAGAGCUGGAUCAAAAUUUAUUUGUAGGUUUGGAGAUAAAGAUGACCAUGUAUACAUCGGGGGGAAACUUUUUAUGUUUGACAAAGUAUUUAAACCAAAUGCAACUCAAGACAAAGUUUAUAAUGAAGCUGCAAAAUCAAUUGUCACAGAUGUCCUUUCGGGAUUCAAUGGCACAAUCUUUGCAUAUGGUCAAACCUCAUCUGGCAAAACGCACACAAUGGAAGGUGUCAUAGGAGAUUCCGUAAAGCAAGGCAUUAUUCCACGUAUUGUUAAUGACAUUUUCAAUCAUAUUUAUGCUAUGGAAGAAAAUCUCGAAUUUCACAUAAAAGUAUCAUAUUUUGAGAUUUAUAUGGACAAGAUUAGAGAUUUACUGGAUGUUUCAAAGGUGAAUUUAAGUGUCCAUGAAGACAAAAAUAGAGUGCCUUUUGUGAAAGGUGCAACCGAGAGGUUUGUUUCUAGCCCAGAGGAAGUAUUUGAAGUAAUUGAAGAAGGAAAAUCCAACAGACAUAUUGCCGUUACAAAUAUGAAUGAACACAGUUCACGAUCUCAUAGUGUGUUCUUAAUCAAUGUUAAACAAGAGAACUUAGAAAACCAGAAAAAAUUAUCUGGGAAACUGUAUUUGGUAGAUUUAGCUGGAAGUGAAAAGGUGAGCAAGACUGGUGCUGAAGGAACAGUAUUGGACGAAGCAAAAAAUAUCAAUAAGUCUUUAUCUGCUCUUGGUAAUGUCAUCUCAGCAUUAUCAGAUGGUAAUAAAACGCACAUACCAUACCGAGAUUCAAAACUUACUCGAAUUUUACAAGAGUCGUUGGGUGGUAAUGCACGUACCACCAUUGUUAUUUGCUGUUCCCCAGCUUCAUUCAAUGAAGCUGAAACAAAAUCAACCCUUGAAUUUGGGCGACGGGCAAAGACCAUUACAAAUGUUGUUUGUGUCAAUGAAGAACUUACUGCUGAAGAAUGGAAGAGGCGAUAUGAAAAGGAAAAGGAGAAGGUGGCUCGCCUUAAAGGCAAAUUGGAUAAACUGGAGUUGGAAUUGGAGCGAUGGCGUUCUGGUGAAACAGUCACUGUUGAGGAACAAGUGAAUCUCCAGGAAAUUGAUGUAGCUACUCCAGUUGCCCCUGUCAGUGAAGUGAAACCUGAUGUACUGGGACCUGUGCCUGCAACUCCUGCUGGUCUUAUGAUUGGCUCUUUAUCUAAUGAAGAGCGACAGAAACUGGAAGAGGAGCGUGAGAGGCUUUACCAUACAUUGGAUGAGAAGGAUGAGGAAAUCAACCAACAGAGCCAGUUAGUGGAGAAGAUGAAGGAUCAAAUGUUGGAACAGGAGGAGCUUAUUGCAUCAACACGACGGGACUAUGAGCUCUUGCAACAGGAGAUGAACCGUAUCCAACAAGAAAAUGAGAGUGCAAAGGAAGAGGUAAAAGAAGUGUUGCAGGCUCUUGAGGAACUUGCUGUGAACUAUGACCAGAAGUCUCAAGAAGUAGAAACUAAAAAUAAGGAAUAUGAAAAUCUAACUGAGGAAUUGAUGCAGAAACAGAGUGCUCUCAAUAACACAUCAUCAGAAUUGCAACAACUUAAAGACAUGUCAUCCCAUCAGAGAAAGCGAAUCACAGAAAUGCUCACUAAUCUCUUAAAGGAUCUGGGAGAAAUUGGUGUUGCUAUUGGUGGAGAGAAUGAAAUAAAGGUGUUGUCAGACAGUAACGGAAAAUUGGAAGAGGAAUUCACUGUGGCUCGUUUGUACAUCUCAAAGAUGAAGUCAGAAGUGAAGAACUUGGUUCAACGCUGCCAAGGAUUGGAGAGUUUCCAGGCAGAUUGCAAUAAGAAAAUCACUGAAUAUGAAAAAGACUUGGCAGACUGCAGACUACUCAUCUCACAGCAUGAAGCUCGUAUGAAAACCUUACAAGAGUCCAUGCGUGAAGCUGAGAAUAAGAAGAGAACCUUGGAAGAGGAUGUUGAUGCUCUUCGUGAAGAAUGUGCAAAAAUGAAAGCAGCUGAGCAAAUGCAUGCAGUAACGAGCAAGGAGAAAGCAGAGGAGAAAGAGCAAGCCAAUAAAAUGCGUGAAGCUCUUGAAAUUCAAAUGGAUCAGUUGCGUGAUGCUCAUCAAAAACAAGUCGCAACUUUACGCGAUGAAAUAAUGGAGAAGCAAUCUGCUAUUAAUGAAUUGAAAGACUUAAACCAGAAAUACACUCUAGCUCAUCAACAAAUGCAGCAAGAUUAUGAAAGAUUGAAACAAGAGGAGAGUGACAAGAGCCUCAAACUCCAGGAGCUGAUUUUGACCAAUGAGAGGCGAGAACAAGCUCGCAAAGAUCUUAAGGGAUUGGAAGACACAGUUGCUAAAGAGCUGCAAACCUUACACAAUUUGCGCAAAUUGUUUGUUCAAGACUUGCAGGCUCGCAUCAAGAAGUCUGUUAAUGCUGAUGACAAUGAAGAUGAUGGUGGCUCCUUAGCACAGAAACAAAAAAUCAGCUUUUUGGAAAACAACCUAGAUCAGCUAACCAAAGUGCACAAGCAAUUGGUGCGUGAUAAUGCAGAUUUGCGGUGUGAGUUGCCGAAACUGGAGAAAAGAUUGAGAGCUACAAUGGAAAGAGUGAAGGCUUUGGAGUCUGCUCUGAAGGAUGCCAAGGAAGGUGCAAUGAAAGAUAGGAAAAGAUAUCAAUAUGAAGUGGAUAGAAUUAAGGAAGCAGUUCGCCAGAAGAACUUAGCUCGACGUGGACCCAGUGCACAGAUUGCUAAGCCAAUACGAGCUGGCCAACAUCACACCCAUCUUGGAACACCGGGAGUUCUUCGGGGAAGUGCCCCAAUUGUGCACAGUGGGGGAAUGCCUACCCGGAUCAUCAGUAGUGAUGAAGAGAUGAUGCGCAAAAAGAAGAUUGUAACUGGAGGCAACAGAGAGCUUAAUGAAAGCUGAGGGGCUUUACUACAUGAGGUGCUGUCUGUAGAAGUAUAGUAACAAUAUACCAACACAACUCACAUAACACUUAAUAAGAGAACUAUUCCAAAUCAUUUCACUAGAAUAUAAAUAUAUAUAUUAUAAUUUUUGUCUUAUAAAUCUUUAACACAGUUUAAAAAAGCAUACCUAUUACAAUGGUCUCUAUCUUUCUGUGGUGCUUAUAUCUAAAACAGAAAAGAAAUGUCAAAGUGCUGCGCCGCAAAUUUUUAAGUCUGUGUUGAGUUGGUGUGUUAUGCAAUGUUGCAUGUAUAUGAGGGAAAGACCAGCAUCAAAGCUAGAUUAAUGUCUGUUUGGUUUGAUGUUUUUUGUUUUAUGCCCUCGUGUAAUAAUACAUUACCUUUUACUUCCACUCUUUACUGUCAGGAUAACUGCAAGAGUGGUAUGAAUUGGGCUUACUAUGAAUGAAUCGGGUCCUAUUUUGAAUUAUCUAUUCAUAGUAAAAUGUAAAAUCAACUUGCUUUCAGUGGCUUUGAAUGCAACCAAAGAGAUAAGGGGAAAUUUGGUAAAGCAGAUGCAAUUUGUAGGCAAUAUGAAUAGUCUGCAGUUUUAAAGAGUUCAAUUUUGUUCAUGUAAAUUGGCAACCCUCCUCAAGAAACUAUUUAUAAAAAGUUGGGAGCAGUUGAAAAUUUUGUUGAAACUGGUCAUUAUUUUAUUUGUAAUUAAUUCUUGAUUAGUAUCUAUAUUAAUUUAUGUCAGUGGUUUGAAUUUGUGUCAAUAUAUUAGUAUUGACAUCAAGAAAUUAUGCCUGAGAUUGUGGUAUUUUACAGAUGUCUUUGCAUCUGGUUAGUGAUAUGUUGGGUGAGUUUGCAACAUCCAGAAUCGCAAAGAAAGCAUAUCAGUUCCCCUUCCUUUCUUGUUCCUGGCAAUUUACAAUGAAGUUGAGGCAUAGUUAUUUAAAUAAGAAUAUUAUAAAUUUUACAUUUAAGGAGAAUAGUGCAAUUGGUGCCCAUUUUUAAGAAAUUAUUAUUUCUAUGCAUUUUUAUUGCUUUUCACUUUUAAUGUUAUUUAUUUAAUUACAGAAAAUGUUCUUGAAGGCCUUUUCAUAUAUAGUAUAUUGAGAUCGUGUACUGAAUGAUGGAUUGAAGUGUCAACAAAUUGCACUCAGACAAUCUCCAUGUCAACAGGGUAAAAUAACUUUUUAAUGUUAGAUUGUGUUAAGUUUUCCCUGUGAAUUAUGUGUAAAUGUGAGUGUGCAAUAGGUGAAUGAACAACGUUUUUUAAGAGUUCAGUUCUAUUUACAUCUUGUUAAUUUCAUGCUUGUAUUAUUACAUCAGUAACUGUUCUUCCUUUUACCACCACUAACGCCCUGUAUUUUCAUUGGGAUUGGUGAGUAGUGUUUGUUGACAAUGUACUCAGAAGACCAACUUAGCUGCCUAUGCUAAGUUCCUGGGUGUCCUUCUGAUGAGUGGAUGGCUUUUGGUUUCGAGUCAUUGUCAUUUGACACAAUCCACAUUUGUCUUUCUUUUGGAUACUUUUAUAAUGUGUGUGUGUGUUUUUAGUGCAGCUGGUAAAAUAUGUGUGCAGUCAUUUCAUGAGGUACAUUGUAGUUUUACUAGUUGAUUUGUGACAAUUCUGUCUUCAAGAUUUUACUCUAAAGAAAGCAUUUUAUUUUCUUCAUUAUAAUAUAAUAAUCCAUCCGUUCUUAAAUAAUUUGUUGAGUGUACCAAUAUGACUGAGGGCAUAUUUUAAAAUGUAAACUAAUUAUGUUUAUAUCCUAAGUGCUUUAUAGAGUUUAUGAGGAUAUGAAAUUUGUGAAUAACUUUUUAUUUUUGUUAGGGAUAUAUGCUUUGAAGUGCUACAGUUCUAUGUAAGCCAGGUUCUUAAAUAUGGUUUUUUAUUGACAUGUCCUUUUAAGGACAUACGAAUGUUGAUUGUAAAAUACAAGUUACCUUUGCUGAGGGUCUAGGGUGUGUAGUGAAGAUUGCUUAGUAGUUCGCAUCAUGUUAAUCAUGCAUUAAUGAUCAUGACAUUUUGUCACUAUUUAAUUUGCAAAUAAUUGGUACAUUUGUAGCAUAUGUGAUACAUUUUCCCCCCCUAAUUUAUUUGAUUGCCUUUUUAUAUACACAGCAAAGAUGUCUUUUAUGUAAGGGUGGAAGCAGUGCACUACUUAAAGUGGUCCAAUAUAUUUUACUUUUCCUGUUAUUUCCUGUAUUCUUUGCAAGCUUGCAGCACAUAUAUGAGCAGAAACCUCAAGUAUUGUUGUCUGCUUGAAGUACUACCCUGUCAUAGUUUCUCAAAACUGUUGUGGAGAAAAAUUAAUUUAUAAAAAUGACACUUUUUUAACAGCUGAUCAAAAUGUAACCAAAAAGUAGAAAUAUAGAUGUAGCUGAACAAUGUUAAAUACAAGCUUAUUUAUUUAUGUUGUGAAAAAACAGCUACAACUGACCCGUUUCCAGCUGUAAAUUGUAUUGUGAUAAAUAUAGGAUGGAAAACCAUUAUUGAAUUUGUGGAACUCGACAUUAUAUACAUUUUCCUGGAAGUAACAAUGGAGAUUUGUUGGAAAACAGAUUUUUAUAAGUUUUUUGUAGGAAGUAUUCAUGAUGGGGAAUGCAAUUCCCUUGAGCAUUUGUUGCUUCUGCUGCUACGUACAUAAUUCUGAUCUUGAUCAGUGUGAAGGUAUCUGUUAUGUAUUUUAAGUAGUAAAAAUGUGGCUUCCUUUGGCACUCUUAGAUGCAGAAAUACCAAAGUAGUAAUUUGACUUUGUGUGUUGUGCUGACUGCUUGCAUAUUGUUAAGAUUUCUUUAGUCACAUUCAGUGAUAUAUCAUUCCCAAUUGACUUACUGACUUGUUCAUAAAUGAAGCAAUGGGAAGUAUGGUCAAAACUUCAUUGAAGUUUAAAUGGAGCACUGUAAAUUUCACAGUUGCUGGUGAUGAAUGACAGUUAGAGGUUUUUAUAAUACUUCAAACAAUACACAAAAGGUUAGAUUUUUCCCAAAUGAAGCAUAUGCAAGUUUGGUCAAACAGUUUUCCUGUUUUUUAUGGUUUGAGUCUUAGCAAUAUAAUUCUGAAGUUUUAAUUUAUAUCAUUGUAAGUUUGCUAUUUGGGAUCAAUAUAACCUUUUGGUAUGGACUGUACAUGUGUAAGAAGCAACUAUUUGUAGGUUGUCCUAAAAAUUGCACCAAGGCAGGGGAUAGACAAAAAAGGCAGGCAAAAUAGUAUUAAAAUACCCUGCCUAGUGAAGAUGAAUGUAACAAAGAAAUGAAAACCUUUCUUGUCUUGUCCCGCAUCUCUUGGUGUGAGUGAAAUGUUGCAUUUUUCUUUAAUUUAAAGACAUUGGAAAGCCAUGUGUGGUGUGCACUUCCCUCAUUAUUACAUAAACUGAUAAAUUGGUAGCUUGUCUGCCUCUUCCUUUGUAAGAUAAAUUAUUUUAUUGCAGGGUUUUGCACUGUGACUGCUUUUAGCAGUCCUAUGAAUAAAAAAUCCAAUAAAGUUAUUUCGAGUGGUAUUUGUCUUGUGAUAAAACACCUUAAUGCCCAAAGUUUUUGAGAAAACAUUUAUUUAAAAUUAGUUUCAAGAAAUUAUUACAGUGCCUGAAGAAUGAACUGUAUAGACAAGUGCAACAUGCCAUGGAUGAUUGAUAUAACUUGUAAUCAGUAUUGUGAUUGUGACCCAAAAUAAAAUGUGCAUAAGGCAUUCUUCAAACUGCUUUGCAUAUAUUUUUCUAACUUUUGAAGUUCCUGGUAAGUUUUA